UAAUAUAUGGUUUAGUGCCUUUAUAAAUUUAUUAAAAAGGAUUCAAACGGAAAUCCCCUUUCUUCAAACCCUAACGCUUUCCUCUUCUUCCUUCAAACGAAAAAUGGCUGAGGCAGCUUUGGACAUGACUCUCGAUGAUCUCAUCAAGAAGAAUAAGACCGCCGCCGGAGGUAAACCUCGCGGCCGAGGUCGCGGCGCCGCCUCCGCAACCUCCGGUGGUGGCCCUUCUCGCCGGUUUCCUAAUCGUUCCGCUAACCGAGCUGCACCUUAUUCAACCGCCAAGGCUCCUGAAGCGGCGUGGAAUUAUAAUAUGUUCGCGGCUGAUCAAGCGGUCCCCUUUGGACAAGGUGGUGGUCGGGCUUCGUCUUCUAUAGAGACUGGGACAAAGCUCUACAUCUCCAAUCUUGAUUACGGCGUCUCCAAUGAGGAUAUCAAGGAGCUCUUUUCAGAAAUUGGUGACCUGAAACGCUAUGCUAUUCAUUAUGAUAGGAGCGGGAGAUCAAAGGGAACAGCCGAGGUGGUUUUCUCACGUAGACAAGAUGCAAUAACUGGUGUUAAAAGGUUCAACAAUGUUCAGCUUGAUGGGAAGCCAAUGAAGAUUGAAAUUGUUGGAACCAACAUUGUCACUCCUACUGCUCCUUUUCCCAAUGGUGCUUUUGGUUUUGGAGAUACUAAUGGAGUUCCUAGAAGUGGUCAAGCAAGAGGUGGCGGUUUUGGGAGGUCGCGGGGUGGUAGAGGACGUGGUCGUGGAUUUCGAGGAGGCAACAGGGGACGGGGGAGAGGAGGCCAUGGUGAAAAGCUAUCGGCAGAAGAUCUAGAUGCUGAUUUGAUGAAAUAUCAUACAGAAGCAAUGGAGACGAGCUGAUGGGUCUGGUAUUUGUGUUUGCCACUUUAUCCAUUGCUUAGUGGAGCCACCCCACAGACUCUCUGUACUUUAGCCUUUUCUUUUCAAGUUGCAAGAAAGAGUACUUGUUGGAAGAUUUUUAGUUUCGAGAAAGGAAGUACUCAUAGGAAGAUUUUAAUUGUACCUGUGUGGGAAUUGAACUUCUUUAUAAUUUCCCUUGAUUUGGGUCUCUGACUUGGAUGGAGUGAUGUAAUCUACUCAACUCUUUAGUUUAUUUAAGAGGUGGAUGAUUAGAGUAGAAA